GGAACCCCCUCGGCCAGCUGCGCAAAGAGAGAGAGAGUGCGCGCGCGCACAUGCAUGCGCGCCGGGGCGUCUCCUUUAAGAGGGGGUUUCCCUGCGCCUGCCGGAGUCUCCGCCGUGUCUCCGCCGGGGGAGCCUCCUCUUCCCUCCUCCUCCUCCUCUUCUUCCUCGGCGUCACGUGAGCCCGAGUCUUGUGACUGGCCUGCGAGGAGAGAAGCACAUUGCCGCUUCGGGCGCGCCGUGCAGCUCCGGAGUUGCGCGGGUGCGUUCCUGGCGCGGGUGGGCAGGAUCCGUCCAUGCCCAGGGGGCCAAGGCGGCUUGCUGCUGCUGCUGGAGCUGGAGCUGCCGGCUUAGCGGGGCGAGGCUGCCUUCCCUUCCCGCCCUCCCUCUCCACCCUCCGGGCACCGAGCCUGCCGUGCGCUCUCCGCCUCUCCUCGGAGAGUUGCGCGCCCCUCCGCGCUCUCCCGCCUGCCUUGCGGGCUUCUCCUCGCGGCUGAUCCCCCGGCGGGGGCGGCCAGGAGCAGCCUCCUCCUCCGCCCUCCCCUUCGAGGAUCAUGGACAGCAAGCCCCUCCUCCAGGAUAGACCCCCGGCUUACAGCCCCGCUAGCCAAGCGGGCGCCGGCUACGAGUACGGGCCGAACAGCUACGGGGCCAUCCCGGCGCCCCAGCCCGGCUUCCAGCCGCCGCCGCCCUACACCUACCCCACCGGUCCUGGAGCUGGUAAGCCGGGAGAAAGGGGGGCGGGCAAGGAGGAUCUGGGUGUGGAUUCUGCGGGAGGGGUGUUGAAAGGAGAGGAUCACCCCUCUCCUGAACCUGUAGGAGUGAGGCAGGUUUCAGAGCACUGGGAGAUGGGGGGCUGCAGCCCCACAAAGGCACCGGGGGGCUCGCCUGUCUCCAUCCACACUGCGUGCUGGCGGCCGCAGCAGACAGAGGUUUGGGGUGGGAGGGGUGUGGGUGAAGGCGGGUCACGUGGUCAGGGCAGGAGACUGGCUUGACUCUCCCGCGCCCCUGGAUGUUGGGAAAGGAGUGAGUCCCAGAUACUGGGCGCCCAAGUCAGGCUAAGUGGGUAGUUCUUGCGAUAGGAAACGCUGCUCUUGUUGCGUGUUGUCAGCUGUCAAGCAGGAGAACUUUUGCAAUGUCAAGAAGGGGAAACGGGAUUUCAGGGUUAUGCAAAUCACCCUCUUUGCCCUACACUUGAGGAAGUUUCCUGCCUUAAAAAAAAAUAAAAAUAAAAAGUUUGGGUUAGGAAACAUUUUUCUUAUUCUUGAAUCAGUUGCACCUUAUUUAAAAAUAAAAGUACAGUGGUACCUCAGGUUAAGUACUUAAUUCAUUCUGGAGGUCCGUUCUUAACCUGAAACUGUUCUUAACCUGAAGCACCACUUUAGCUAAAGGGGCCUCCUGCUGCCGCUGUGCCGCUGCCAUGCGAUUUCUGGUUUCAUCCUGAAGCAAAGUUCUUAACCCGAGGUACUAUUUCUGGGUUAGCAGAGUCUGUAACCUGAAGCGUAUGUAACCUGAAGCAUAUGUAACCCGAGGUACCACUGUAUGCAAGAGUGGGGACUCGUAUACUGGUUCCCAGGAAUGGUAGUUUUCUGUAGAAAGAUUUAUGUAUUAAAGUAAUAUUCCGCCCUCCCUCCCAAAGGAGUCCAGCGUGGCAAACACAUCAGCCUUAAAACAAUACAAUAAAAAGUGCCAGUUAUUUCACAACAACAUACUUUUCUAGAUAAUAAUUUUAAGGCUUCAAAUUUAAGAUUUUAAACAGUCCAGAAGCUGUUGCACGAGAAGUAGGAUUUCUUCCAGUUACUGUUAGAGCUCCCAAGCUAAACAUUCCAAGGGUUGUUUUUAUAUUUUUUAAAAAAAGCAAGCUGUAUUUCCUGCCUUAAAAAGGCAGCUCAGAAAGGCUUGUCUGCUUUCCCUUUCUGUUUUCCCUGUUAAAAAUUGGACAGUGCAAAAAUUCAGCCAGCCCGGCUACGCUGAUUGAAAAGGCUUCCAAAACAGUUUAAACAUUUCAUAUGAUUUUUUUGAAUAAAAAGUUUAAUACUGUCUGGGGGAAUAGUAGGUACAAAAUAUAUGUAAUUUAGAUACCUCCCAUCCCCCCCCUAUUUUAGAAAUGUUUUGUUUUUAGCUCUUUACAUUGCACAUAUGCCAGAGCCUUGUGAGUUGCUGAGACUUGUUAAACAAAAGGAACCAGAGUUGGAAGGUUGUGAAUUGAACUUGAGUCUCCCAGAAUUGAGUCUUGAGUCUUCCUAAGAAUCUGCGUUGUUUAGGUCAGGUUCCGAAUUACGAUUGCCUUUUCUAUGGUGGUAGAAUUCCACUCUCCCUCUCUCAGCAAGGCCUUGUUAUGGUUUAUUCGUCCAACAAUUCUAGAGAACUCUUAGAAUUCUAGAAUCCUCUGGGGGUCCAGAUUCCACUGGACUAGAGCUCCCACCAGCCCUGUCCAUUGGCCAUACUGGUUGAGGUUGAUGGGAGUGGGAGUCCUAACAGGCUCACAGGUUUCCACUACCUCUGAUCCCCCUUACCAUUGGUUCCUGGUCAUGAUGGCUGCACUGAAACUCUGGGUUCAAAGGCAGCAUAUUUAUUAUUUUUAGCAGGGAUGGGGAACCUCAGGUCCAUGGGCCAAAUGCGGCCUUCCCAGCCUGUCGCGGACUGGGUUGGACACAGAGGAAUGGUGGGAGGAACGAACUAGGGAACAAGAAGGCCCAGAGCCCGGAUGUGGUGGUGGGACAGCAAUGAGUGGUCAGAGGGAGAAGAGGGAGAUGAUAGGGUUGAUGGGAGUUGUAGUCUACAAUGUCCGAAGGGCCACUGGUUUUUAAAAGUCCCUAAAAUGGCAGAGAUAAUAUAGUUUGGUGUGGAGUGGGCUAUUUAGCUGGAUUGCAUUUAUUUUCUUUUUAUAAUUUUAUUUAUAGUUUCCUUUUAUAUACAUUUCAAUAGUUUAACAAUGGUUGUAACAUUUCAAACCUCAACUUCCUCCUCUUUCUGCGGUUCCUUAAAUAUAUUUUUAUCAUUUCGUGCACAUUCUAAAUUAACUUACUGUUUUAUUCAUCUAUUUUAAUUAUAUGUUCUUUUGAAACUGCAGGUUAUUACCGUAAUCCUGCCAAUGUCUUUAUCUGUUUACAACUUGUUUGUAAAUAUUCAAUAAACCAUUUCCAUUCUUUUACAAAACGUUUAUUAUCUUGAUUUUUUAUUCUUCCGGUAAGUUUUGCUAUUUCCGCAUAGUCCAUAAGUUUUUGUAUCCAUUCUUCUCUCAUUAGGACUUCUUUCCAUUUUGGGACUUGUAGCAUUCUUGCAGCUGUAGUUGCAUACAUAAAUAAAUUUAGUCAUGCUGGCCACAUGACCUGGAAAGUUGUCUGCGGACAAAUACCGGCUCCCUUGGCCUGAAAGCAAGAUGUGCGCCACAACCCCAUAGUUGCCUUUGACUGGACUUAAUCGUCCAGGGGUCCUUUACCUGCAUUUUACCUUUACAUCUAUAAUUCCCAAGAGAAGAGCUUUGGGUUUUUUUUAAAACAAAUGCUAUCUUAAACAUCUUUUUCAAUUCAUUAUAUAUCAUUUCCCAGUAAGCUUUAACAAGACAACCACAUAUGAUAAAAAGUACCUUUCUCUUUGCAUUUCCAACACUUAUUCGACUUCUAUUUUUACAUUUUUGCCAAUCUACUAGGUGUUAGAUACCAUCUAUAUAACACUUUCAUGUAAUUUUCUCUUAUACCAUAACGUGCUGUAAAUUUUAUAUCCAUAUUCCACAAUUGAUCCCAUGCUUCCAUAUUUAUAUUAUAACCAAUAUCUAUUGCCCAGUGUAUCAUUGAAGAUUUUAUUUGCUCAUCCUUUGUCUCCCAUUCCAAUAAUAUCUUACAGAUUUAAGACAUCACUUUAACAUUACAUUCUAAUGUCCAAUUGUGACAUUUGUUCACCAAACCCUCGUUUCCUGUCUUUCUUAAAUACUUCGUUCAAAUGAUGGUAUUCUAUCCAUGCUGUUAAUAUUUCUGAUAAGUCCUCAAAUUCUUUAAAUUUAAACUCUCCUCCCUCCUCUCUUAAUAAAUUUCUAUAAGUUGCCCAACCUUCCAUCAUAAUCUUUUUCUUUACUGCUAUGGCUUCCAAUGGUGAGAGCCAAAGUGGUGUUUUUGUCUCCAAUAAAAUUUUAUAUUUAUCCCAUAGUCUAUAUGAAUUUUCCCUAAUUAUAUGGUUUGUAAAUCCUUUAUGUACGUUCAUCUUUUCAUACCACAAAUAAGCGUGCCAACCAAAAAUAAUAUGACCUUCUAAGUCUAAAAUAUGCGUAUUUUUCAAUGUCAACCAUUCCUUCAACCAGCACAGACAAGAUGCUUCAUAAUAUAAUCUCAUAUCUAGGAGGGAAAAAGCUCCUCUCUCUUUUGCAUCUAUCAAUAUUUUAUAUUUUAUUCUUGGCUUUUCCCCUUGAGCUGGCUUGCAUUUCUUACGAACUACAACAUUCUUCAAAGCGGUAAAAUGAGGAAGCACUUUGAUGCUGAAAUGUUUCUUGGAGUUGGGGACGUGACCCCAGAAAGGUGAUGUCACAGGCAUUGCCUAGUAGGUUCUUGUGAAACUUGCGAUUGCAGACAGGAUCCAUUCCAGAGCUCCAGCUGGAUCCCGAGGUUUCCCAACUGGAGGUGCCGCUUCUGCGCAUGUGCGUGGUGCGUAGAGCGCUUCUGUGCAUGCGGCAAAACCCAGAAGAAUACUUCUGGGUUUGCCGCUUUUGCAACCCGAAGUUUACGUUACCCGAGCGUAAGACGAGAUUCUACUGUACUCGCUGGGGGAGUGGGGAAUGUAUUCAGCCCCAACCUCUCUCCCCAAAGCACAACAUAUCUGAGGCUUGUGCGCCUGUAAGAAGCAUUUUUUCCUUGAUGGAAAUAUCAGCUUCAAGGAAAGGUUAUCUUGUUCCCUUGCAACAAGUCAUAGCCACAGUAAAAAAUAGCCCAGGAAAGGUUGCUUUGGGACAAAAAUUCCAGUUCGAGUUCAAAGGGUGAUGAGCUCAUGCUUCUUUAGUAACCCUGUGGGGAGUUCAGCUUGCGGUUAAGGAGGAUGGAUGGAUGGGAAAAACGUUCUGGAACCCGAGUGGCCUGAGAACUGAGGGCCGCCCACUCCCUUCUGGGGGGCCGCAUGCUACUGUGGGUGGGGUCAGAGGCAAGAGUGGGUUGAGCAACGAAUGUCUACCUUUGUACAGGCAAGGAAGAGGCGUUAGCAGAGUACAGGGGGCACGGUCCAGUCAGGCAAAGUGACCUGAAUGGCUUGGAGCGAUCUCUGCAGAGAGAGAGAGCGACUGUUAAACCAUUCAGAGUACAGAGUACAGAGCACUUAAAUCUGUUCCAGAAGUCCGUUCUAAAACCAAAGCGUACUAAAACCAAGGUGCACUUUCCCAUAGAAAGUAAUGCAAAAGGGAUUAAUCCGUUCCAGACUUCAACCCCUAAAACAGAAAUUUAACAUGAAUUUUACUACCUCUAUGGUUGUUCUGUUAAUGGUUCUCUUGGCUUUGCAGCUUUUAUCCAUUUCUGCAGUCACACAAUCAAUUAAUCAGUAGCUGAACUGUGUUCUAUGCAGUCACAGAAACAAAAUUAACGGAAAAAGCCACGCAAACAAAAAGGCAAAAACAAUAGCACCAAAUAUAAGCUCCAAAUAUCUAAUCGGAAGCAGGGUACUCAAAUCAGAAACGGAAAACUCAAACAGGAAGAGGAACACUCUAAUCAGAAGCGGAGGACUAAAAACCGAGUAUGUUCGGCUUCCGAAAAAAAGUUCACAAACCAGAACAGUCACUUGCAAGUUUGCAGCGUUUGGCUUCCAAGUUGUUCGAGAACUAAGCUGUUCGAACACCAAGAUACCACUGUAUUGCCACUCUGUCAUAUUUGACAGGCAGGCGGGGCCAAAACAGCCUCACUGGCCAAAUGGAUCUCCCUGGUGGGCCUAGUUAGGCCUGUGGAUUGAAGGUUCCUCACCCCUCCUUUAAAUAAAAUAAAUCUUUCUAAUAGUGAACUUGGGUGGUGUGGUAGUCAAAACUGAGGGGAGCUGGCAAAGAGGUGUGAGGGAAUCCUGAGGCUUUCAAAAACCUAACUUUUAAAAAGUUAUUCCAAAGAGGGCAUGAAGGGCGGUAUAUGAAUUUAAUAAACACUCCAUUAACACCACAGUAAGGACUGAACGUGUGCCAUGCCUAUGGAGGGCAGAGCAGGCUUCCCCAACCCGGUGCCCUCUGGAUGUUGUUGGGCUCCAAAUUCCAAUCCACCCCAGCCGGCAUGGCUGGUGGUCAAACAAGAUGGGAGUUGUAGUCCAGCAAACAUCUGGAGGGCCACAGAUCUCGGCUCCCAAUGUAGAGCGAUGCUGAUAAUUAACCUCCAUUGGGGGGGUUAUUUGGGGGUCACAGUGGGUAAACGAGUUUAAUUCCAGGUAGCCCCACAUGUUGAUGGCAAUGUCUGAUGGCCACGUGAAAAUCCCAAGGGCUGGGUGUGUGAGUAGUGAGUAGUGACACCUGUGGCACAGCCAUCUUGCCUGUGAGAUCCUGGCUGCGUGAUGUUUUUUAAGCAGGAGGAGGUGGGCUGUUUCUUUAAUUAUUAUAAAGCACUUAUCCAUUUUCUUGGCUGGGAACUGGGACCCUUGGCUGAGUUCUCAAACUGUAGGUUUUCUCUUGCCAUUUCAGUGGUGCUAAAGUAUGCUCUUUGAAGUUAAUAAUUAGCCGAGUGUACGUCCGUAGGCCUGAAAACCGAGGAGAACUGAAACCUAGGAACAGUUUGCUAUUGCAUAUGGUGAAUAUUAAGUCUUAUCUGGAAGACUUUGUCCCAGUUCCAUCUUGAUGAGUGCAUGAGAGCAUGAGUGAGUGCCAGGAAGCACGUGAGAGAGAGAGAAAGAAUGAAUCCACAAAAAUACCAAUCCAUAAAGAUUUAUCAGCUAUGUGGUCACUUGGAAGCAAGGCAGGGGGAGGGCCCCACUGUCCUAUUUAUUGCCUGUGUUAACACAGAUCUGUCCUUCACUUCCCCCACCCUUGGCUCAUUUAAUGGUUUGAAAGCUGACUUUAUUCAACAGAUAGGAAUGCCUGAAAUAAAUAGUGUUUUUCAAUAAUAAAAAUAAUAAAUACACUCUUCGUUCAGACAUCACACUGAACCACAGUUCAUUUUUUUGAUAGUAAUAUUAAAUAUUAAUAAUAAUUAAAUACAAUGUGCAAUACUUCUCACAUGUUAUAAACAAAGUUAUCUUAUUUAAUUUAUGUGAUAUACAGCAUGAGUUUAUAUAAAUAUUUUUAUUUCAUUUUUAUCUCAUUGGAUAGUGAGGACACAGGGGGAGAUUAAGUAUGGUUAUGAUAUAAAAGAGCGAAGAUUGGGUGCAGCAACGGGAGGAAUUAUUUUUUAAAAAAAACUACCACUGAAAAUGGGAUGGGAAGUCAAUAGAACAAAAGAAAAAAUUAUGUAUUGGAAUUUUAUGUGAAAUCUGUGGAAAUUUAAUAAAAUAUAUUUUUUUAAAAAGAAAGUGUUGAUGUUCGGAAGGCAUGGGGCGAACUGUGGAGCAGCAUUCAGAAAAUGCUUAGCAAUUUCUGUAACUAAUAGAUAAAGAGAAUUCAGGAGAGGUAUGUCUCUACAUGCAAACAGUUUCUGUUUGCUUAGAGUCUCUGUACAGUCUCUUUUUGCAUGCUCCCCCCCCCAUUUAAAAAUCAGCUGACUGACUUCUCCCCUGAGUAAACAGAAAUGUGACUUGACCCGAAUCCAGACUCUGGAAGAGUAAUGUUCCCAAGAAAAAAAGAGGAUUCUCCUUUAACUUUUGCAACCACAGCACUAGUGUUCCCGGCGUCUGGCAACACUAUAGUGAGGGUAGCCAUCUGAUGGGUCUCAAACCUUCGGUGAGUUAGGGACGUCGCUUGCAUGCGAAGACAUGCGCUGGUGGAUUGAGCAGAUGAGACCAGUAGUGGGUCCAAUGGUCAAGAAGGCAGUUUCCGCACGUGCUGUGUAGGGGGGAAGACGGAACUCGUAUACGUGGGAAGGCAGCCCAUCUAGGAGAAGGAAAACUCUGAUCCUAAAUCUGCCUUGGCAGAGUAUCUUCAGGAGAAGAAAAGGCUAGGGAGUGUCUUCUUCUUUGGCGAUCACUCGUAGCCGAGUAAGAUUGUUUUCCAUAAACAUGGUUUUAACAAUGAGUCUGUAAGUGACUGUGGAGGCCAAUUCUGGAUCCACAUGUCCUUCCACAGUGGGGACAUUGUUAUUUUUUGUUUAAAUAGUAUUUAUUAAGAUUUGAAAGGUUACAAAAAGAAAAAAUAGAAAACAGCAUAUUAAGCAAAAACAGAACAUCACAUCACAAUAAAGAAAAGAAGAAAAAAAGAAAAAAAAGAAAAAAUACAAUGAAUCUUCCCAUAACUUAUCUUUCAUUUGCUUGUUUCUUUGACCUCCUCACACCUCCCUUUUUUGUAUUCUAGUUCAAUUAGCUAUUUCAGCAAGUCCUUUCCAUCUUUUCCAGUUUUUGUCCUCUAUUUUAUCUUAAUAUAAUGUAACUUUACUUUCCCUCCUUUCACCAUUUAACAAUCUGUUUUUUCUUAAUCCUUUAUAGCAUUUCUGCUAAAACCACAUUACUUCAUUCCAACAUCCUUCUAACAUUCCUUAAUUUUACAAUGUCUCUGUAAAUAAACUUUAAAUUUCUUCCAAUCUUCUUCCACCAACUCUUCUCCCUGGUCUCGGAUUCUGCCAGUCAUUUCCGCCAGUUUCAUGUAGUCCAUCACCUUCAUCUGCCAUUCUUCCCGGGUGGGUAGAUCUUGUGUCUUCCAAUACUUCGCGAUCACAGUGGGGACAUUGGUUUCCGGGUGGGAGUUGAUCACGGUGUGGAUUUGCCAAGCGUGCCUUCCUCUUAGCAUGUUUCUCCCUUGCGUCUUGAGUUUGAGUGUCUUCAAAGCCCAUAUACCUUUGGUAAACGCUGGUCUCCAAUUGGAGCGCUCACGGUCAAGUGUUUCCCAGUUGUUGGUGUUUAUACUACAUUUUUUUUUUAGAUUUGCCUUGAGACACAGUCUUUAAACCUCUUUUGUUGACCACCAGCAUUACGCUUUCCAUUACACUAGGGAGUGUAAGCCCUACACAAAGCCAGAGUGAGGUCUCUAAGAUGGUUUGAUGGUAUCUUGUGUGUCUCCUCAUGGCAACUCCUGGUGCCAAACGUGUUGGUCUGCUUCCCUUUGGAUCACAUCAGCGAGGCUCAGAGGGGUGGGUGGGUCUUGCCAUCUGGGCAGCCCAGGACCUCCAUACAUAUUGCCCAGGUUUGCACCCUGGAGAGGUCGCUUUGGUGCUCCUAACACAGUGGUUUGACUUCACCCCCGGAGACACACUCCAUUGCCUCUCAAGCUAGACAGCUGUCGACAACUAUGGCCUUGUCUCUUAGUUUCCAAAAUGUUUUUAAAGCAAUUUAACAUGCUCCUUUUCUGCUUCUUCCCCCACCAGGAUAUGUUGUGCCUUCGGGUCCACCGGCGCAUAACUACCCCAACACCACGUACACGAUAAUCCAGCAACCUCCCACCACGUCCGUCGUUGUCGUUGGCGGCUGCCCAGCUUGCAGGUAUUAUGACCGUUCUCAUUUCUGUUACACCUCUUCUCUCUUUUUAAGUCUGACCUCUUAAAAAUCCAUGUGAAACUGGAGUGGGGGGUGGGGAGGCUUGCAGCAAGAGAGAUUAGAGUCUCUUCCCCUUCAUUUUUUUUUUAAAUGAAAAAGUAGCAUUCUUCUUGUCAGGAAAUGGCUGCUGUGCGGGUGGGGCAGAACACAAAAUGGCUGGUUCCUUGGACAGAUUCUUCUAUUGGACAACAGACUUGUGUAUGCUGUGUGGCUUGUCCUGUUUUCCAGUAACUAGCCUCCUGCCCUCAGGUGGCAGUGGAAGAUUUUUGCUUUUCACCAGUGUUGAUAUAAGAUUCAAAAGCCCAUCCAAUCUGCUUCUAUACAUGUCGUAGGCCCCUCUUGGUAGUUCUUACCUCCCUCAGAAGUUUGGUAGGUGACCUGAGAGAAGGCAUUCUCUGCGGCAGCCCCUAGUUCUUGAAUUUCUCUUCCUCACCCCAAGGUGUGCCAGGCACUCUCACUAUACAGCUGAAGAUGUUCCUCUUUAUGCUGGCCUUUGGCACCUGAGCUGUAUAUUUUUUUGGAUCCACUCCAGUUGUGAUCAUAACGAACUGUUUUAAUAAAUGCAAUAGUGAUGUUGUAUUAUUGUAACAGUAUUUCGUUUUGCUCCAGACAGCAAAUAAUCCUUUCUCUCAGGGGAGUGAAAUGUCUCAGACCAGGCAAGUACAUCACUAGACUUCGAUGGUUCCCCAACCAUUGGCCAAAUUGACUGGGGCUGGUGGGAGUUUUAUCCCAGCACCCACAAGUCCCCCCACCCUUGCCUGGACCAAGAUGUCGAAGCUGCUGAGCAAGGAGCAGCUUGCACCAGUCAAGUCCUUAGCCAGCGGAUUCCACGUUGCAAAGAUCAUGACUUUAAUUGGCUUAUUCGUUAGCAGCGUUGAAAGGCAAGGUCAGGGUGUUUUUCGAGACCAGAGGCAAAAGGCCAAGCACGCCUGGAGUAUCCAGCCUAGUGAUAAACUGACCACUUUGUUUUUUAUUGUAGUAUUACUUUUUUUCAAACCUACUUUCUGACUUUGUGUUGUCCACUGAAGGAUGUGUUAUUAGUUUCCAGGUUGGAAAAAAUCUUUUGCAUCCCCCUUAACCCAGAAAAUGGCAGGAGUAACAUGACAAAAUUCAAGGUAGCAUCCUGGACUGAAGUUCUUCCGUGUUAUUUUUGUGGGGGAGCAGAAGCAGGCAUGUGUGGAAAUGGAUUCCCAACGUUGCCCAAUGAAGUUUGUUGUUCUUUCACACCAUGCCCGCUGGCGUGAAUGAAAUGCCAGUGUCUUGGCCAGAAAGCCACAGUCCCAUAACACAACAGGUAGUGCGGUGUGAAAAGAACAUUGGAAAACAGGACAGAGGUGCUAGCGUUAUAAUCAGGAAAACAAACACAGUAUAUCCCUAUGUCUGAAUGCGCCACAGGUGCAAAAUGCCUGGCCGGCCGUGAAAUAUUCUGGGGGGACAGACUCGCAGCUGACAUUGUUUUAUAAUUAUUCAGAUCAAAGUAAAAGGGAAUUUGGAGAGGAACACGAAAUGUGGAAUGAUCAGGAAGUAUCAAGUGUCAGGAAGUAUCAAGAGGGUUCACAAGUGUCAUGAGAUGAGCUUUGUGGAGCCAGAGGGUGGGGAACUUGUUUACCCCUCAGAUAUUGCUGGACUCAAACUCCCAUCAUCUGGGGUUUUUGGACAUGCUGGCUGGGCCUGAUGAUGGGAGCUGGCUUCCAACAGCACUGGCUGGGAAACAGAUUUCUCACCCCUGUUGUAGAGAAAAGGCAUCUCUUUUUCCCUUGUGGCUGUAAGGAGUAAAGAGGUGAAGAGGAGAGGGCUGUUAGUGACUAUUAGCCAUGAUGGUUGAGAACAGGAUGCUAGACUAACCAGAUAGGCCAUUGGAAGCUGCUUUAUACAGAGUCAGACCAUCGGUCCAUCUAGCUCAGCACUAUCAACACGGACAGGUGGUGCGGCUCUGCAGGAUUUCAGACAAGGUUCUCUCCCAGGUGCUCCCUGGAGAUGCUCAGAACUGAACCUAGGACUUUCUAAAUGCAAAGCCGAUGUUCUGCCUCAGAGCCACAGUUGCUCCCCAGCCCACCGAGACAGCAGGAGGGAAACCUGAAACAGAUGGAGUGAUUGAAGAAAGAGGGGAAAGGGAGUAGCCCCCCCCCACUGCCAGCCAGAGGAAGCUGGCCCAUUGGGGCAAGUGGGGCGCUGCCAACCCCCACCCUCACCUGUCUGCUGCCUUACCUACUUCCUGUCCAAUAAGUGGCAUUCCUCCUUAGUGUUGCUUUUGUGGAAUUCAGCAAGGGAGGGUGACAGAACUAGAAUUAGUUGCCUCUGCCUGCUAUUGGCUUUGCUUGGGCUCCUUGCCUUCUGUCCUGCCAGCCUGUAUGGGCAUCAUCCUCCCUGGCCGCCAGCAUGUGGCCCCUGACGGAUCUCUCCCCCCCCCAUCCUCCCUGGAAUGCAGUCCUUGAUAGAAAAGAUUCCCCUCUUUUCGGUGUGGGAGAUGCUAACUCUGAGAACUUUGUCACUGGCUUGGCAAAGGGGCAAUGACAUUUGACCAAAGGUGUUGCGGACAACUAUUUAAUAAAUCCUAAUAGUUCACCAAGCAGCAGCAGCAGCAGCCGCCAGGCAGCUCAAGUGAGGGCCCCUGCUUGUGGUAUAAAUAAACGCUGCCUAUUUUUAGAGCCUCUGGGAGUGGCGUGGCUUUAAGCCACAGGAAAGCUGCUUAAGUUCUCCAGGCAAACUCUUACUUUAUAGCUAAGAUUAGCCUGUCUUUAAAUGAAGCCUGUUACUGUCCCCUUCCUGGCUUCCCCUUCCUUCAUUAUCUGAUCUUAAGAGGCAACUCCCAAGUAGGAAACAGUGUGUUAUUUGUGUUUCCAAAACUCUACAUGGGUAGCAGUGAGCUAAGGCAGUAUCCUGACUCCUGCCCUGCCCAUGGAGACAGGCACUUACUUGGAGGAUAAGGCUGUCAAGGGCUACUAGCCAUGUUGGCUAUGCUCUGCCUCCACAGUCAGAGGAGGGAGGGUUCUUGUGCUCAGAUCCUGCUUGAGGGAUGUCUUGUUGGCCAAUGAGGAUGCUGGACUAGAUCCAGCAGGGCUCUUCUUGUGCAAGACAGAAAUCUCCAUUGAGGCAGAGAAAAGAUGCAUGCUCAGCAAGAGGUAAUGAGUCACGGCAGCUGCUGUGUUCAGGCUAGAUGGCAGGAAACGUGAGCUAGCUGGACUGGAAGCAGCGGUCUUGAGUUGAAAGAGUCCUAGAUCAGGGCAAGGAGGUCAGAACUGCAUGGAAGCAGCAGAGCAGUCCCAAUGGGUUGGCACACCCACACACCCAGCUUUUGAAGAUGAGAAAAGUGUGUUUACUCCUGCAGUGUGCAGAUGCUCAUUGCAUUGGGGAGAAUGCAACUGUUCCCAGCGGCAGAAGCGUCUCUGGGUCCUGGGUGAGUUGUCAGUGUCCUUCUCUUUGGACUGUGGUCCCUCUACCUCAAAUGAUGGGCCGAUGCCUUUCCUGGAUCCUGUUGCUGUGCAACAGGGAGAUGGGAGUUCUGUUUCCCCAGCUGGCAGAGCCACAUCCUGGAAGGGGGAGGUACCCACAUCCUCCAGCCUCUGUUCUUGGGACUCAGCCCCCUCCUUUAUGCUUCCUCCUGUAUCCUCUCCUUGCCCGUCUCAGUCCGCUUCUCUACGGGUGACACCUUGAGACUCAAGACAGGCAGGACAAGGAGUGGGGAGGAAAUGUUCAGCCUACAAUUAAGCAGUGGGAACGCUGCAAACAACUGCCAAACACAGUGUUCAUUGGGCAGCACCCUUAGGCUUCAUGUCUAGCCCUUGGCAACCAGAUGAGCUCCAGAUACAGUGGUGCCUCGCAAGACGAAAUUAAUCCGUUCCGCAAGAGUCUUCGUCUAGCGGUUUUUUCGUCUUGCGAAGCAAGCCCAUUGACGGAUUAGCGCUAUUAGCGCUAUCAGCUGUUUAGCGGCUAUUAAAGGCUUAAAGGCUUAGGGGAUUAGCUGCUAAAAGGCUAUUAAAGGCUAUUAAAGGCUUAGCAGAUUAGAUAAAGGGGGAAAGCGAAAAAAAUCUCAGGACUCGCAAGGUAUUUUCGUCUUGCGAAGCAAGCCCAUAGGGGAAUUCGUCCUGCGAAGCAACUUCAAAACGGAAAACCCUUUCGUCUAGCGGUUUUUCCGUCUUGCGAGGCAUUCGUCUUGCGGGGCACCACUGUAUUUGGUCUGCAAAUCCAGCGAGCCCCGGCUAGCCUGGUUGUGGGAUGCUGGAGCUGUUGGGUUGCGGCUGGUGGGAAUUCCAAGAAUAAUUCUAUUGGUUUCACAAAGUGAAUAUACCCAUACUUGGUCUAAAAUACCCAUACUUGAAACUCUGAAAAACCACAAAAUGACUGGGUUACACCGCAAGAAAAGCUUUCCUAAACAAAAAUGUAUCCAGUAGGCACCGAAACAUAAUCACACUAGGCUUCUGUCUCAUUUUUGGCUUGCAGUUGAUUCCAGAGAGCUGGAGCUGCAACACUGAAUGCCUGGUUUCCAGUACAUACUUUAAGUCAGUGAGGGGAAGGGGACCUCAUGGGCACCAGGGAAGGCCUCUCUGGGCACAUCUGCACCCACAGGUACCACGUUGGUGAGCUACACCUAAAAUUAGCAUGGGCAGAUUUUAUAUGAAUCUGGGUCCCCCUUUUUUGGUGUGAUGCAUAAAUGGCUGCCCUACUUUAGCAGCAAAGGAGCAAUGCAGCCUGUUAGGGUCUAGGACAAGGGCAGGGAUCCUUUUUCAGCCCGAGGGCCGCAUUCCCUUCUGGGGGGGCCACAUCCCUAUGGUAGGCAGAGCUUGAGACAAAAGUGGGUAGAGCAGAUAAACUUUCCCUUUUCCGAACCGUAACGUGGGGUAAAAUCCUAAAAAAAGGCUCACAACUUUAAUCCUAAAAAAUGAUAACAACUUUGGUCGGCCCUCACGGCCCUUCACUUCAUCACAUCUGGCCCUCUUUGAAAAAGGUUUGGACACCAUAGACCUUCCACCUGCCGCUCGUUCUCCCAGCGCCCCCCCCCCCCGUGUCUCUUUUGUCAACUGUGUGCUAUUGUUCUGUGUAGCUUGCUCUUUUCAUCACUGGAGAAAUGGCAAGAGUCCAUUGCUGGCAACUGGCCCCUGCUGAAACACAUUUGCAUCUGCAUUUCAAGGUCACUCCAGUUCCCUUUUUCUUUUUGGCUUUUCUUGCACAUGUGAUUGCCAAAGGACGCCCACUGUUUUCGUGAAAUCAACACUGCUCCACUUCUGCUCUUGAGAAAACUUGUGACUUUUACCCAGAGUAAAAAUGCUGAGGCUAUCUCUUUCCCCAUCUGAGCGGAUUCUGAGUGCCUAGAACUCUCCCUUGCCCCCCACUAUGAAAAUCCAGCAACCCCCCCCCCCCAGGGAUCUGUUUCUCCUGAGACAUCAGUGAAGGGUGAGCUUUCUGUGUGAUUGAAGGAAUCUCACACGGCUCUUAAGAACGGCUUUGGAAAAACUCUCUCUAGGAGAGGUGACCUCCGUUGGACUGGGAAGCAAACGAAGAAGUUGCCAAAGGAAAUAAGCUCAUUUGUUGGUGCAGAUGAGAAGCCUCUCUCCACGUUUGUCGCACAUAUUACGUAAUGGGCUAUUUGGGGACAAUUGCCACAUCUCUUUUCUUCUCUGUCUCCCAUCCUAACGUUAAACAUGCAGAGUAAGCCUUGGUAAUGUCUGACAGUCCAUGAAUUGCUUCUAGUCAUGUCUGGAAGGGCGUUUCUUCAAAACAUCUGGUCUGGCAGCAGAAGUGCCCGCCUCUCGACCAAAACAAGGGAGACCUUUUAUCUCAGUUUCGAAAGCUAUUGAAUGCUAAGUCAUCACAGGGCCUCUUGGCUAAAAUACAGUGUUGUUUCGUAAGGGGAGGGAGAAUGGGAAUUCAAAAGCAAUUUUUAAAAAGUGCUGCAUUACUGUAGUCCAUUAACGUUUCUGACUUCAAAAAAUAAAAUUUUAAACCAAAGGGUUUAAACACAUAUUUUUAAAAACUUGAUUCUUUAGGUUUUAUUUUGAUUUGUAUUGAAGCUUUUAUCUGUUUUUAAAUGUGCUGUAAGUCAGUGCUUUUCAAAGCUAGCCAGUGUGGUGGACUGGCAAAUUCCCCACCCCCCCAAUGUCCCAUGGACUGGUACCAUAUUUGGUCUCUGAAGCAUCCCAGCCAACCUGGGCUGCGGUGGAGUUGUCAGGGACUAGCAGCUAGUGGUUGUUUGGGGACCACCACUUUGAGUAGCGCUGUUUUAAGUUAGAAUUGUACCUUGGUUCUCAAACGCCUUGGUACUUGUACGUUUUGGCUCCUGAACAGGCAAAACUGGAAGUGUUCCAGUUUGCGAACAUUUUUUGGAAGCCGAAUGUCCGAAGCUGCUUCUGAUUGAGUGCAGGAAGCUCCUGCAGCCACUUGGAAGCCGCACUUUGGUUUUUGAAAGUUGAAUGGACCCCCGGAAUGGAUUACCAUCGUACCUUGGUUCUCGAAUGUAUUUGUUAAGCAAAGGUCUUUGUGUAGCUAAAAAUUCAAAAAUAAGUUGUGAGCUAGCUUUGAAGAUGAGUGUGUGGAAAGCAACUUGUUAGGGAUAGUUUAUUCGAAAACAUAUUUCUGUCAUCUAAGAGACAUUAAAAAAGUGCAUGGAAGCUUUAUAGACUGUAUUGCUGCAAGAGACCAAUCUUCAGAAAGUUUGUCAUUCUGUCAAGCUUGGUGCUCAUUUUAUACAUUUUCUUUUUAAAGCGCAAUUAUAGCAACUUACUUUUUCCUCUCUUGCAGAGUUGGUGUAUUGGAAGACACAUUCACCUGUCUCGGUGUCUUUUGUGCCAUCGUAUUCUUUCCUAUUGGAAUUCUCUUCUGUCUUGCAUUGAGGCAACGGAGAUGUCCUAACUGCGGUGCAACGUUUGGUUAAGGGAUCAACACAAAUAGGCUUUUUGGAAGCUGUAACUAUUGUAGUACCUUUUUUCUAAUGUAAAUGUCAUGUACAAUCAAGUUUAUGCUUCAGAGAUGAUUUUGUAAAAGUGUGAUGAAAUUAGUCUGUCUCUUUCUCUUCUCUUGCAUGCGAAACUGAUCUAUGAGCAUGUGUGUGUGUGUGUGUGUAAGACACAAAUCCACCCCCACCCCCGCUUUCUGUUUAAAAUGCACCUUUUGGAAAUUUAAAUAAAAGUGGGUUUUUGCAACUUCACUGGGGCCCAGCUCUUUCUUCUAAAGAGAAUUAAAAUUUAGUAAUGCCAGUGCAAAUGUUAACCACCACAAGCUAAGGUAGGCUUGUUCCAUUAGGCAUCUUUGCCUAAUAAAUGCAGUCUGAACUCACCACCAAGCCACCAAUUUCAUCUCCACCUUUAUUUAAUUUGAAAUUUAUAGUUGGGUCUUCAGGUGUUCCCAAAGCAGGUUACAAUUAAAACACAAAUUUGUUUCCUGCAACUUGUUUUUUUAUGAAAAAUAUAGCAUGAAUACAACACACAGCUUAUGCAUUACACACAUACAUUUGUGUCUCAGCAUCAUCAUACCUAAAAAUCUACUUCUGGGAAUACAGGGGUGCAAGUACUCUGUCUGCCCCUUGAUUAGGCUCUGCCCCUCUUUGAACCAACAGCCUCUAAAUCCCGCAAACUGGUUUAACAUGCGAAGUGUGUCAGGAAUGCUGUGAGCUAGGAGUCAGCUGGUUUGCCCUUAAUUCACAUGUGAAAUGCACACAUCUCAUGGGUAGUACUACAAGUUCGAACACAAUGCUUGACAUGUGCCACAUCUUUGGAUAUACUUGACAGAACUUGUCACAAGGUACCACUAGAUACAUUUAUUUGACCAGCGCAUUAUCUUAAGCAACUGCCUUGCUCCAAACACUGCUUCUUAGAUGUCCAGCCUUAUAUGUAUCCCCUGAUGUGGUGUUAUCAGUGCUACACAUAUUCCAGAGGACACACAUCCCCUUUCUAAAUCUAGGUGAAGAUCUUCCAGCUCAGAGCUUGGCUUCUGGAAAGGGGACCGGGUGUGCUUUGCACUCUUAAUAUUUAAGAAAAACCCUAAUGUCUAUGCCAAUGAAGGUUGUAGAGUUAAGCAUGGAAGCUCAGGGCAGUGAAAAAUACAUGCAUGCACAUUGCUUGUGGACUGCUGGUUCUGAUCUAAAACUGAGAGAUUUAGUUAGUCCUUGCAGAUAUAAAAGCUGCUUGCCCUCAAUCAAGCAGCCAAUGUGAUGCUUUCCAGAGCCUAUCGGCCUCAGCCAGCAUAAACUACAACUCUUACAAACCCUGAUGGUUGGCUAACAACUUCUGGAAAGCACCUUGUUGGCUAGCCCUGCUCUGAAUGGCUACCCCAGUACCAGGAGCAAAACUGGACAUGAACUACAGCUGGAAGUUAUGCCACAACUAUGAACAGAAGGCCUCCAGUACCUGCUGGGAUGCUUCUGCUAGUAUUUAAGAUCAAAUACAUGAAUGCUCCCAAGCAACCUUAAUCAUCUGCAUUUGGUUUAGCAAAAAAGACCAUUCGCUUAGGUAACUACUUGUGCACCAAAGUAAUUUUUAAAUGUUUUCACAAGACACUGGAGUCCAAACAACUACUUGCUUAUACCCAAAGGGGCUGCACAUACCUAGUCUUAUUGAACACUGAAAUCAGAGUUCACCUGCCCCACCUAAAAUUCCUUCUGAAAGAUACAAAAGUUAUUUUUGUGUUGCUGCUGUUUUAAGAAAUAGUUAUUAACCCCCCCUUCGGGUACCCAAAAACCAAACUCACUAUAUUUUGUGGAUAAAAAUCUGGAGACCACAAGUUCCCCAAUCUUUGAUGUGACAAGAGUAUAUUUUCAUAGUACUUUUUCUAUGUAGUUGUCAUUGGUAGUUACAUUUACAUCCUGUCUUCCAAAGUUCACAGCAGCAUAUGAUUCUACCCCACUCCCAUUUCUCUUUACAACAGUUCUGUGAGGUAGGUUACACCAAGAGAUAGUUAUUGUUUCAGAGUCACGUGGUGAGCUUUAUGGCUAUGGGGAGAGUUGAUUCUACAUCAGGGUCCUAUUUUAACUGUUUUCCCAACCUAGUGCCGCUCAGAUGUUUUACAUCACUCACCCAUCCCCACGUAGCCUCCAGCUGGUCUGAUUUAAAUUGUCAGCCACACUUUUAGAGCCCUGCCCUGUCCAAAAUAGUUAAAGCUGAAACCCUGAGAACAGCUGACUACCAAAGUUGCCUAUAAAACUCUGUGUAUGUGAUACAAAUGGCAACGCCAAAAAUUAAUUGAUCACAUAACUUCUGACUUUAGGAAGCAAAAUAGCUGGCAUGUAACAUUUAUGUUGCGAUAAGAGAGAUUGCUUUCCACCCUCCCUUUACCAGUCACCCCAAAACAGUCAUAAACUGAAUCUUGCAGAGCUGAAGAGUGGAAUAGACCAGUUUGAAAUCUCAAGUCAUGUUUUGUUAUAGCCAUUAACUCUCUUUCCUUUUAUUGUUCAGGUCAGUUGUUUUGGCACAUUCCCUCUCCGUUGUGGUUACUAAAAGCUUGUAGAAGAGGUCAGUAAGUAACCAAAUACCUCCACAAAUAGAGAAGCAAAGAAACGGUAUCUUAGAGUAGCAGACUUUGCAGAUUGAUGGAAAGUUAAGCAUGUUGCAUCUAAAGUCCCGCUCACGUUAUGUGCAUUUACUUAGAGGUGCUCAGCACAGCAUUCCACUUCUUAUAGAUGUGCUAUUUUCAAAGAUGAAACUUAAUAAAAAACAAUGACUUCUAGUGUGUGUCCCCUCCCAGCUUGUAAACAAAUUGCCAGAGAUUUUGAUUUAAGUUUUGAUUAAAAAUUAAACAUAGGUUUGAGCUAAAAAAAGAGCCCUCUUCUUAAAAACUGCAUUUGUUCCAUAGUUUGUAUAUGUAACAGACAAGGUAUUUAACUGAGCAACUUUUAUAGGCAAAACAACAUGCAGUCUUCAGAACUGUUCAUCAGAAUCAUGGCAUGAAGAGUUCUGUGUAAAGCUCAGAAGCACCUAUAAUGCUGAAUGUGCAAGAACGGAUCCAUUUAUAUACAAAUGCAUUUUCUACCUUGCACUUUUGAAAAGAGUGGUUUGCCCUGCAUUAUCAACAAUCUGGGAUGAAAUGUAAAUACAAGAUGAUCUAGAAGCAGAGAGAGGGUAGACAUAUCUGCUAAGUACUUAAGAUCACCUUGUGGCUUGAUAACCCUCAUUUUUUUACCAUGCCAAACACUUGCCAAAAUUGUUGACUGAAUCUCUUGGGCCCUGUGUGUUCAACUCCCUGACCCACAAUAGCCUCUCAGGCCGUGCUCCCAACCUCACUUAAAUACUUGUAUGCACACACAAGAAUGUCUCUAUGUUCAUCUGAAAAUGGUGAAGGAAUGUCAAUCUACGUUCGUUUUCUGUAAAAUUCCCUUAGCCACUGCUUAAGACAUUGGCUUGAAGCUACCUGGUUAUUCUGUAAUAAUCAAAAAGGUAAAAUGUAAAUAUAUCCAUGUGCUUUUUAU